GGUAGACGUAGAACAAUCAUAGAUCCUUAUUUUUCCUCUAAGUGACCAUCUGCUCAACCGAAAAAUGAGCUGCUCCUUGUUGAAUCCGCUCCAAGUUGGUUCGGGUAGAUGCCAACUCCCGAAGCAACAUCCAAGCCUUCGUCCUUCGUUGAGUAUACAGUUUCCCGGAGCUCUGUCACGUCGUGGAUGGAGAACAAAAAUGGUUGGACCGGUGAGACCUAAAUUCGUCCUCUUUGGUUCUUCCAUAGUUCAGUUCAGUUUUGAUGAUAAAGGAUGGGGUGCUGAUAUUGCCAAUUUGUAUGCCCGUCAGGCCGAUGUCAUUUUACGUGGCUAUGCUGGCUGGAGUUCAAGCCAGGCUAUACAGGUUGUGGAUAAAAUAUUUCCAAAGGAUUCAACCACCCAACCUGCUCUGGUGAUAGUCUACUUUGGUGGUAAUGAUGCAGCCAUUAAUUUUCCUAAUUCCGUGCCAGUUGAUGAAUACAUCGACAACAUGACCAAGAUUGCCGAACAUAUCACGUGUCUCUCAACAACCACUCGUAGCAUCUUCCUCACACCACCGCCCGUAAACAGUGAACAACUUAAACAACAGAUGCCGGGACUUGAGAAGGUUCGAACGAUGGAGAAUCUUGAGAUCUAUUCGGAUGCGUUAAUUGACGUUUGUAGGAAGAUAGGUGUUGAAUAUAUUGAUUUGUUUCGGGUCAUUCAGAGGAAUGAUGAUUGGCUAACUUUCUUCAGGGAUGGAGUCCAUUUUAAUGAAAAAGGAAGCAGGGUAGUUUUUGAUGAAAUUAAGACUUCGAUUAACAGGAGUAAUUGGAACCCACCCUUGGAUGCGAAAUCCAUGUCAACUGAAUAUGAGCAUAUCUGAGGACUACGUUCCUUUUUACUUUGAAGACUUUCUAUGCUCUCUUUUUAGACUUCAAUAAAGGACAGACUUUCUGCUUAUGUUUUAA